CUUCCUGUGUCGUCAGCCUGGGGGAAGCACCAGCCUGGCUGCAAGUGUCCGUGACAGAAGCAGGACCCUGGAUGGCGUAAACGGGGAGAGAAUCGCAAAGGUGUGACUGGGUAGCUACACUGUGCGACCCUGAGGAUGGUGCGGAUUUUGGCUAAUGGAGAUAUUGUACAGGAUGACGACCCCCGGGUGAGAGCAAGCACUCAGCAGAGGGACAAUGCUUCCCGGCGGGGUUUCUUCAACGCAAUGCCUAAUGGCGGUCCUACUCCACUGCAGCAGCAGAAUGCGAGGUUGAGGGGAAGGUCUCCAUUCUCAGAGCUCAACCAGCAGCUUGUGAAUAUGGGAUUCCCCCUAUGGAACCUUGGCAACCAGGUGGUAGAGCCGGUGAUGUCCAUCCUGCUGCUGUUCCUCCUCAUGAUGGUGGGGGUGCGUGGCCUGCUGUUGGUGGGCCUUAUCUAUGUGAUCUCACACCUGAGCCAGCGAUGAUAGAGCCCUACUAUCAGCCAUUACUGCUUUCUGCUUGGUGAAAGAAAGAGUGGGUUUCCUUGUCAGGCAUGCAUGUGGGUAUAUAUGUGUGUGCGUGUGUGUGUAUGCAUGUGUCUUCAUGGAGUGUGUGCUGCAUGUACAUAGCCCUCUCUCCUGAGAGUGUUACUGCAUAGUAUUUAAGGGGAGUAGCAGUAGGGAGUUGGGAUGCACAGGGAGCACAAUCCCAGUGGUAGCAUUUUUCCAUGUUAAGCAGUUCCUCCCUGAAGGUUGUCUGACUGAGGUCUGGUUUGACCAGUCACUUCAGCCACCAGCUGGAGAGUUCAUGCAAAUAGCGUAAACUUCAGUUAAGGUGUAGAAAGGGGACCUGAAAUGGGAACAGAAGGGUACAGAAACAAACCAGCAUGAUUUAAGACCAUUUGAAACAUCCUGGAGAAGGUAGGGAUUGUUGUGUAAUUGCUUAUUUGAUCCCAAAGAAACACUGCAUGGGGAAGGUAAAAUUAAGAGAGAAGAGUGGGUGAAGUGGGUGCAUGUUAUGUCUUAUACACAGAGAACUAGAAGGUUGUAAAAAGGGGCUGGAAAGGGGUCUUUACUAUGGAGAGUGGACAGGCUAAAAGAAGUUUGAAAAUAAAAACAUGGAAGAACCUAAUAAAACAAUUGAUAUUACUAGCACUUUUCUCUUGCUCAGGUAAACACCAAGGAUAUUUGUGUUUGAAUGAGAACUUGCUCCCUUUCUUCCAUUGUGUGGGGAACUGAUGUCAUCUUUAGUAAUGCUCAAUCCUUGCUGCCACUGGAAUGAUUCCAGCAAGGAUGAGACAUUGGGCCUAGAUGUAUAUGGAGAGCGGGGCCCAUUUUAGAACACUAAAGUCUUUGGUAACCUUCAGAAGUGGAAAUAAAAACACAUUAGAGAGAUGGUGCUGUGGCCUGAUGCAUUUUAAAGCUUUCUUUCUUGUGAAAAAGAUCUCCAAGGCCAAAAAACUUAAGAACUUUCCCUUUGAAGAGCUCCACCUUCUCAACAGACUGAGGCCUCAACAAAGACAGCAGAUCUGGAUUUUGGAGGAAGUUCUCAUUUAGAUCGAGAUCCAGUCAUCAGGUCAAUAUUUUUAGAGGGGGCCAAACUACAACUCUGAAUUAAAAUUCUCCCCGGUUUUGGGGAAGUUUGAGUUAAUAUCCAAAUACAGAUCUGAAUUUCAACUGGGGACCAUAGUGACUUAUAACAUGUUCACUCUCCCUGUGUAUUUUAACAAGGACAUUGUUCUAUAAGUGAGACCUGGUGUGUGUGUUAUGAUCUCUGUGUAAUGGAUGCAGGCCGCUGUUGUUCUUCUAACAACAGAGUAAAUGAAGGGAAUUGUGCCUCACAAAUUGACUGUCAAUAGAAUUUUCCUUGGAGGAGUACAAAAAUGCUAACAGCAACACCUUAAACCUUUUUCUGUUUCCUGUGAUAACAAGAACCUUGUGCUAAAAAAUGAAAUGAGAUGCAGGAAAAAUCUCUUAACAUGCCACUUUGUUAUAAUAAAAUUGUUCUGUAACUCUUAAUACACACUUCUCUUUCAAAAUGG